AUGGUUUUCCUACAGUGGCUUAUGAUUUUAUUAACAGUCGAGGAUGUUUUCAGGAACUUUGACUUCAGAGUUUCAGCCCAGUCCGGUGAAAGGAGGGUGGUGGCUCAUAUGGCUGGAGACAUUGUCAUUGGGGCUUUAUUCUCUGUCCAUCACCAGCCACCUGCAGAUAAAGUCCAUGAGAGAAAGUGUGGUGGCAUAAGAGAGCAAUAUGGCAUCCAGAGAGUUGAGGCGAUGCUUCAUACACUUGAUCGUAUCAAUUCAGAUCCAAUGUUGUUACCCAACAUAACCUUAGGGUGCGAGAUCAGGGACUCUUGCUGGCAUUCUGCCGUUGCCCUGGAGCAGAGUAUUGAGUUUAUAAGAGAUUCUCUCAUCUCCAGUGAAGAAGAAGAGGGAGUGGUGCGCUGCGUUGAUGGAACUACAGUACCAUUCCGAGCCAAAAAGCCCAUAGUUGGAGUUAUAGGGCCUGGCUCCAGCUCUGUGGCCAUCCAGGUGCAGAACUUGCUUCAGCUCUUCAACAUACCUCAGAUUGCAUACUCUGCCACCAGCAUGGACCUCAGUGACAAAACAUUGUUCAAAUACUUCGUAAGAGUGGUGCCAUCCGACGCUCGACAAGCCCGUGCAAUGGUCGACAUCGUGAAGAGAUACAACUGGACCUACAUAUCUGCUAUCCAUACAGAAGGAAAUUAUGGAGAGAGUGGUAUGGAAGCUUUCAAAGAGAUGGCAGCCAAGGAGGGAAUCUGCAUUGCCCACUCUUACAAAAUUUACAGCAACGCUGGGGAACAGAGCUUUGAUAAGCUUUUGAAGAAGAUGCGUAGUCAACUACCAAAGGCCCGAGUGGUGGCUUGUUUCUGCGAGGGCAUGACUGUAAGAGGGCUGCUGAUGUCUAUGAGGAGACUCAGUUCAACAGGAGAAUUUCAACUGGUUGGCAGUGAUGGCUGGGCCGACAGAUACGAUGUGACGGAGGGAUACCAGCAAGAAGCUGCUGGAGGCAUAACAAUCAAACUCCAGUCUCCUGAUGUAAAAUGGUUUGACGAUUACUAUCUAGACCUGCGGCCAGAGAAUCACUUUACUAAUCCCUGGUUCCCAGAGUUCUGGCAGCACAGAUUUCAGUGCAGGCUGAAGGAUCAUCAGCAGGAAAACCCAAAGUAUAAUCGGACCUGUGACGAAAGAGAUUCAUUACAAGAACAAUACGUUCAAGAUACCAAAAUGGGAUUUGUAAUAAAUGCCAUUUAUUCUAUGGCCAAUGCUCUGCACAACAUGCAACAAAACCUCUGUCCUGGAAUGAACGGGUUGUGUGAUGCCAUGAGACCAAUCGAUGGGAGAAAACUGCUGGACUUCCUCAUGAAAAUCAACUUUACUGGUGCAUCCGGAGACAUAAUCUCUUUUGAUGAGAACGGAGAUUCACCAGGAAGAUACGAAAUCAUGAAUUUUAAACAGCUAGCCAAAGAUUACUUUAAUUAUAUCAACGUUGGGAGCUGGGACGAUGGCGAGCUGAAAAUGGAUGAUGAUGAAAUGUGGUCCAGUAAAACUGCUGUUGUUCGCUCUGUCUGCAGUGAUCCUUGUGAGAAAGCGGAAAUAAAGGUAAUCCGCAAAGGAGAGGUGAGCUGCUGCUGGACUUGUACCCCAUGUAAAGAAAAUGAGUUUCCCUUUGAUGAAUACACCUGUAAGGCCUGUCCCCAAGGUGCCUGGCCAAACGAGGAACUCACAGGUUGCGAUAAAAUUCCUGUGGAAUACCUCAGAUGGGGGGAACCUGAGCCCAUUGCUGCUGUUGUCUUUGCCUGCUUGGGUCUCCUGGCCACUAUGUUUGUGAUGUUCAUAUUUAUGGUGUACCGGGAUACUCCUGUGGUCAAGUCAUCCAGCCGAGAGCUGUGCUACAUCAUUCUCGUGGGCAUCUUCCUUGGCUAUCUGUGCACCUUCUCUCUCAUCGCUAAGCCCCAGAAGAUUUACUGUUACCUUCAGAGAAUUGGCAUUGGCCUGUCCCCUGCUAUGAGCUACUCAGCCCUGGUGACGAAAACAAAUCGCAUUGCAAGAAUCCUUGCUGGCAGCAAAAAGAAGAUCUGCACCAAGAAACCCCGGUUUAUGAGUGCCUGUGCUCAGCUGGUCAUCGCUUCCGUGCUCAUAUGUAUCCAGUUAGGGAUAAUCGUUGCGCUUUUCAUCAUGGAGCCGCCUGAAGUCACCUAUGAUUAUCCUACCAUCCAGGACGUGAACCUGAUAUGUCACACCACAAACGUAGCUGUGGUUACUCCUUUGGGAUACAAUGGCCUGUUGAUUCUAAGCUGCACCUUCUACGCUUUUAAAACCCGCAACGUUCCUGCCAACUUCAAUGAAGCCAAGUACAUUGCGUUUACUAUGUACACGACCUGCAUCAUAUGGCUCGCCUUCGUGCCCAUUUACUUCGGGAGCAACUAUAAGAUCAUCACCAUGUGCUUCUCGGUCAGUCUGAGUGCCACGGUGGCACUUGGCUGUAUGUUUGUGCCAAAGGUGUACAUCAUCCUGGCCAAGCCUGAGCGGAAUGUGCGCAGUGCAUUCACCACCUCUACAGUGGUCCGGAUGCACGUUGGCGAUGGGAAGUCGUCCUCUGCUGCUAGCCGUUCGAGCAGUUUAGUUAACUUAUGGAAAAGGAGAGGAUCAUCAGGGGAAACACUAAGCUCAAAUGGAAAAUCAGUAACCUGGGCUCACACUGAACGAGCUACUCGAGGUCAACACCUUUGGAAGAGGCUUUCUGUCCACAUAAAGAAGAGGGAUAACACCUCCAAACAAUCUGCUCUAAUCAAGCCUUUCUCGAAGACCCCCGAAAGUCGGCACAGCAGCCACAGCUACCCAGACGCAAAUGUAAAAUGUCUGUAUGAUGUCUCUGAGGCAGAAGAGCAUUACCCAGUUCAGUAUGUGCCACAGACACCUUCGCCCAUCAGUGUUGUGAGCCACAGACAUAGCUCUGUAAGCCCAGCAGAGAAUGAUGCACCCUCAUUCCAGGCAGAACAUGUCCAGAGAAGCAGCUCUUCCCAAGGUUCUCUGAUGGAGCAGAUCAGCAGUGUGGUGAACCGCUUCACGGCCAACAUCAGUGAGCUAAACUCCAUGAUGCUCUCAUCAGCUCCAGCAGGGGUCAUAGGAGCGACUCCCAUCUGCCCUUCAUACCUACUCCCUAAGGAGAUACAGAUACCCGCGCCCUUGACAACUUAUGCUGACAUCCAGCCUCUCCCCGCCAUUGAGGUGAAUGGUCGUUCCCAGUCUGCAAGCGGUGUAUCUUAUACCAAUGUCAAAGAUGGCACUUCAGAGACUUCUGUGAUCAAAACUGACUUUGAGGAGCUGGUAGCUCUCACUCCUCCCUCUCCUUUCAGAGAUUCUGUUGAUUCAGGGAGUGGUUCACCCAACUCUCCUGUGUCAGAAUCAGCACUUUGCAUCUCAUCGACUCCCAGAUAUGACACUCUUGUCCUGCGUGACUAUGCUCAGAGCUCCUCAUCUCUGUGAAUGUAAAACACAUGUUGGUUACAAAGACGGACUCAGAUGAAUAAGAAAUGUGGAACGUUUCACCGAUUUUAACCCAAGCAUAAUUUAUUUUAUUCAUAUCGACAAAAUACGGCAUUGAUUCUGAAUAAUUGAAGAUGGGAUU